UACCUUGUGAAGACGAAUCAUUCCGGUUGUGUUCACCUCUCAGACGCUCUCACAAAGCCAUUGCAGUCUAGCCUUUUCGAUCCACGCACUGAAGCGGUGCAGCCACCGUCCUGCUGAUGCACAUUUCACCGGGUCUUCUAGCCCUAGCCUCAUUUGUGGCUACGGCCGCCACUGUGACCAAUGCCUUCGUCGUCAAUAAGCAGUUUUAUCCUUCGAUAGUCUAUAUCACAAAAAGCAGCGCUAGUAUGAUGGUUAUAUAUGUCCAAGCACUUAUCCUUGUGUACAUACUGUUUCAAAUUGUCAGAAAGAUUUUCUUUGGUGAAUUGAGGGCUUCAGAAGCGGAGCAUCUUUCCGAACGAGCAUGGCAUGCCGUGCUUGAAACUUGCCUUGCCUUUACCGUUUUUCGAGACGACUUCUCACCUAUAUUUGUCAUGCAGUUUGUCGCUUUACUAUUUGUUAAAAGUUUUCACUGGCUGGCAGAUGAUCGAGUUGAUAUGAUGGAACGAAGCCCUGUCAUAACAUUGAAAUUUCAUUUGAGAAUGAUGUGUAUAGUCGCCUUUCUUGGUGCUACCGAUUCAUAUCUUGUUUCACAUGCCUAUUUUACCACUUUACUCAAAGGCGCAAGCGCUCAAAUAGUGUUUGGUUUUGAGUACGCCAUUCUAAUGGCGCUUGUCAUUCACGUGACUAUCAAAUACAUACUUCACAUGCAUGACCUGCGAACAGCUCAAGCCUGGGAGAACAAAGCGGUCUAUCUGCUUUACGCUGAGCUGCUCAUCAAUUUGAUAAGAUGUGUUUUAUACGGUUUGUUUGCUGCUGUUAUGCUUCGUGUCCAUUCGUUCCCGCUAUUCUCCGUACGACCAUUUUACCUGUCUCUGCGUGCAUUACAUAAGGCCGUGAACGAUGUGAUCCUGAGCCGCAGAGCCAUCAAUGCGAUGAAUAACUUGUUCCCGAUCGUAUCUGCAGAAGACCUUUCUGCGAUGGAUGCCACGUGCAUUAUUUGCCGCGACGAAAUGACGCCAGAAUCCACACCAAAGCGACUUCCUUGCGGACAUGUUUUCCACUCGCAUUGCUUGCGCAGCUGGUUCCAACGUCAGCAAACCUGCCCCACUUGUAGGACGGAUAUCUUGGCUGCUACCGGUCAACGUGCGGCAGCUAACGGCGCAGUUCCAGCUGCACAGCAAAACAAUGCUGCACCGGCAGCUAACGUGAUGGCCAAUGCGAGAUUGCCACCGAAUCUAUUCCCCUUCAUGGCUCAUCAGUUUGCUGUACCUCAGCCUAGACCACCUGCACAGGAUAAUGCUGGUGCUGCUGGUGCAACGGGAGAGCAAGCUGGAGCUCUGGCGGCGGAUCAGGCAGGAUUUCCAUUCCCGGCUCAGUUCCCACCGUUUCCCUUUAUGCCUCCUUUGCCUCCCUUCCCUAUGGAGAUGCCACGCCCACCACAACAGCUUGACCUUCUGUCAGACGAAGAACUCCGUGCUUUGGAAGGUGAGAGUCGUGCAGCUUUGGAACGUCGUAUAAAAAUGUUGGGAGACAUCUCGACCUUGUUGGAUGCCGCUGUUGCGCAAAUGCAGCAAUACACCGCUAUAUUCGGCUCUGCUCCAUUACCUGUGCCAGUGCCUCCUCCUGCGUCCGCGAACGAGAAUCCAUGGCUUGCGUUCUUUGGCCAAGGCAUGAACCAAGCUCAACAGCACAGCGCGGAUGGACUGGACGUGACGCAGAGUAGUUCUGCUCAAGAUGUUGGCCCAAUGCAGCCGGAAGGUGCUUCGAACCGUAAUGGAAGUGUGGUACAGAAUGGUGGACCCAGCAGUGAGGUUUCUGCGGACAUCCCAUCAACUUCCAAAUCGUUGUUCGGACCGUCAUCGACUACGUCACUAUCAUCGACACCGCUGGCUACCGCGACGGAAUCGCCUACUUCUGGAGAAGCCACUAUUUCUCCUGAUACGCCGACAACUUCCAAGGAGUCAAUCGUACGGUCACCAGCUGAUGAGGAGAUUAGGCAACGGAGGUUGAGGAGGUUUGGUGAUGCGGGCAGCAGCUCAGAAGAUCAUUGAUAAGCGGUGUAUAGCGGUAUAAUCGAAUUGUGAUUAAUUUUUCGGAUUAAGUCAUAUUUAUUUCGCUUGCGAUUAUGUUUCAGUGCGGGAUAUUCUUUGGAGUAAAUUUAAAUGUAUUUUUUGUUUGAGUGUCUUCUUCAGUUUUUUUCAAUCGCAUAUCAGUGUUUAGAAAGGGGAAAAUUCUAUAAAUGUUAAGUUCACGCUGAGACUAUGCUGCGCUCUAUCUUCUCGAGAGUU